AUGUCUUGUCAAACUACACCAACGCUCUUUGCCUCCGUCAAGGAGCUCAAACUUGCCUACCGACGCUUCGGGAAACCGGGCGGUGUCCCUCUUAUUUUCCUCACUCAUUUCCGUGGUUCCAUGGAUCUCGUCGAUCCCUUGCUCAUCAACACCAUUGCUGAAAACCGCGAAGUGAUCCUGUUUGACAACGCCGGUGUCGGACAUAGCGAAGGCGCCGUCCAAGACUCCCUCAAAGAGAUGGGAUCGACGGUCGUGGAUUUCCUCACCAACAUUGCCGUCUCGAAAGUUGAUAUCCUCGGCUUCUCGUUAGGCGGCAUGAUCGCACAAUAUGUCGUUGUUGACUAUCCUCACCUGGUCAAUAAGCUGAUUCUCGCGGGAACCCAGUCCAGUUAUACUGAAGGUGUGAUUUUUGGAGCCCCCGAAAUUAUGGAAAUUGCGGGUGGAGUCACGCCGUCUGAAGAAGACAUGAUGAAACUCUUCUUCUAUUCGUCUUCUACCAGUCAAGAUCUCGGCCAUGCUUGGUUUGAAAGAACAAAGGAGCGGCAGGUCGAGAGUGAAGAGUGGCGCGGAUUUCUUGGUCAAGCUGGUGCCGCAGUACAGCAGGCAGCCAUCGGAAAGUUUGCCAUGGACACCGGGCUUUUCGACAGGCUAAAGCAAGCCGACAUACCCGUGUUGGUUACAAAUGGGGACGCUGAUAUCAUGACACCGACUUCCAACAGCUUCAUUUUGCAGCAGCAGCUACGUAACGCGCAGCUGCACAUAUACCCCGACUCCGGCCACGGCCAUCUCUACCAGGAACCGGAAUCCUACGCGAAGCAAGUCGAGCUGUUCUUGAGCGUGUGA